UCUACGACUGUACGGAAAUAACCUCUCAUGUAAAAAUGAAAUAAUAUCAUUUAUUUUUUUAUUAGGUGAAAUGUACACAACAAUCAUAAUUAAUUCACUUCCUUCUUCUAAUUUAACAUGUGAAGCACACAUAUCGCCAAUGGGUGUUUGAGAGACAUGAAUUUCUGUAGCAUUGUAGACUGUAUCCACAUCUUGUCCAUUAGGCGGGUAUUGUCACUUGCGAAGCGAAUUUAUUUGGCGAAGCGAACGCUUUGGCGAACAUACCCCAAAUUUGCAUUGUGAAUGGCGAAUGAACGUAUUCGCUAAAAUAUGUCGCUGCCAUUCAUGAAAAAAGUAGCGCGUUCAUCCGAAUUUGACAUUUGUGUCAUUUAUACUUAAAAAUAUUUUUAUUAUAUCAACUGAAAUUCGAAAAUAUGUUUAAUAACGCGGAUCUGUAUUAUGAGGAUAAUUACGAUGUGGAAACGCGACCUAAUCUUCUUCGACAGCGCCGUUUUAUUAGAGAUAAUUCUAAUCCUACAGAGUUACCUAACACGGUGUAUGUAUCCAGUUCAAUUAUAAUUAAUAAUAAGAAGUUUUUGUUCAAUGUACACGUAUUUGUAGAUUCGUUGCGAAUUUCCGCUUGAACAAGGACGCAUUUAUGUAUGUGCUGGAUAAAAUAAAAGACAAAUUUCAUUGCCGGAUGUCGUCUUCCAUAACGCCCAUAUUAAAAUUGUGUGCCGCACUCAGAUUUUUUGCACAUGGCAGUUACCAACAAGCUAUAGGGAAUGAAUUUCAGUUGGGACUUGCUCAACCAACAGUUUCCCUUAUUUUAAAAGAGAUCAUACCCAUUUUGGAAAAUGAAAUUUGUCGUACCGAUAUAAGCGUAGAUAUGAGUGAAGAAGAAAAGCAGCAGGCAAGGAGCAAAUUUUAUUCAAGAUCGGGAAUACCAAAUGUAAUAGGCUGCAUCGAUGGAACCCAUAUUGCGAUUUAUGCUCCUACCACAAACAAACACCUCUAUCUAAACAGAAAAGGAUUUUUUAGCAUAAAUGCAAUGAUUGCUUGUGAUCAUGAUAUGAAUAUCCGUUUUGUGGAUGCUAGAUAUGCUGGUUCUACACACGAUUCGUUCGUAUGGAACAAUAGUUCUCUAAAGGCAUGUUUAGAGGCAGCGCAUCAAAAUGGAGAUCAGAACUCUAUUUAUUUAGGUGACUCCGGAUACCCACUAAGCCCUUAUUUAUUAACACCUUUCCGUCAUGCAGAAUCUGGAACUAGGGAGUCAAUUUUUAAUAAGAAGCACGCGAAAGCGAGAAAUGUUGUUGAACGUACGAUUGGAGUUCUGAAAUGCCGUUUCAGAUGUCUUCUGAGUGAUAGAAAAAUGCGCUACGAUCCUGCUAAAGUAACAUCUGUCAUUAAUAUAUGCUGUGCCUUGCACAACAUUUGUAAAAAAUUUAGAAUCGGUGAUCCGGACGAGGCUGAAACCUUCUUUGAUGCCGUUGUACCAUUGGAACCAAUUAAUGAAAAUGGCAAUGGUUCACCAGGAGAGCGCCGCAGAAGACAAAUUGCUGAUGCUUUGAUGUAAAUGAAACUAUACCGACUUCAGUGAAUAAUAUAUUGUAUUCUUUUAUUUUAUUCAAUACUUUGAAAUUCAAUAUUACAUAGAUAAUAAAUAUAUAAAAAUUACAAAAACUACAUGCUUUUAAAUUAAAUUAAAAAAAUCACAGAUUCAAU